AUGGAACAGGCCUCGAACGUUCGUGACACUCGAAAGCUCUACCGUCUGAUCCGCCAAGUUAACGGUAAGCCCUCUACACUGAGUGGCUCUAUUCGCGAUGUGAACGGCGGCAUUAUUGCUGACAACUCGGCCAAAGUCGAGCGCUGGCGUGAGCACUUUGAGCACCAUCUCAGUUUCGAUGCUCAACGUACCUCGCCCUUGCUCUCCUUUUCAGCGGAGUUUCUUCCCUCUCCUACCUAUGCAGUGCCAUGCGAUCCCCCCUCCGAGGGAGAAGUCGCCGAUGCCAUACGAAAGUUGCGCAACAAUAAGGCACCCGGAGAGGACGGUAUACCCGCUGAAGUCUUCAAGUCUUGUGUCGACACUCUGGCGCCCUGGCUCCAUGAGGUGAUUGAACGAGCGUGGAGAGACGAGGUUGUUCCUGAUGACUGGGGCUUAGGCAUCCUCGUACCUAUCCUCAAGAAGGGAGAUAAGUCGAGAUGCGAGAACUACCGCGACAUAAGUCUCAUCGACGUUGCUGCGAAGAUCUUCGCUAUUGUCCUUCUCAGACGAUUCCAGGCUGUGCGUGACUCAAGGACGAGGCCCAACCAAGCCGGAUUUCGUGCUGCACGUGGAUGCGCAGACCAGAUAUUCACACUGAGGCGCAUUCUCGAAUUUCGUCAUAGCUACCAACAACCGACGGCCGUCUGCUACAUUGAAUUUACCGCCGCGUUCGAUUCCGUUCACCGUGAGUCCCUGUGGCGGAUAAUGGCGCUAGAUGGUGUACCGGCCAAAAUCAUCGCCAUGAUCAAGGCCUACUAUCGUUCCACUACUGCGACAGUCCUGGUCCGUAACAAUCUUUCCCAACCGUUCGGUAUUCGGUCUGGCGUCCGACAGGGUUGUAUACUGUCACCCAUACUGUUCAACUACGCUAUUGACUGGAUCCUCGGGAGGGCCCUUCGCGACAGUGACGGUGUUGAAUUUGCACCCGGACAUCGACUGACUGAUCUCGACUAUGCCGAUGAUAUCGCCUUACUUGCUUCAAGUUUUGGUGAUCUGCAGUCUAUGGUGUCACGAGUGAACGAGGUCGCUAAAUCAGUCGGUAUGUCCAUAAACGCUGGGAAAACCAAAGUAUUCUCAAGCUGCAUUCCUGACCAGGAGAAGGCACCCCUGGGGAUAGAUGGCUGUCAACUUGAAGAAGUGGACAGUUUUAAAUACCUCGGGGCGCGGCUGCUGCCUAAUUGACAGAGUAAGGACGACAUUGUCUCCCGAAUCGAUGCUGCCCGCUGGGUUUUUUCAAGCCUUCGGAAAUGCCUGUGGAACCGACGUGACCUCUCCAUCGCCACUAUGAUUCGCGUGUACCGUGCAUCUGUCCGGUCUGUCCUUCUCUACGGUUGUGAAUGCUGGGCUUUGCGUGUGGCGGAUGAGCGAAAACUGGAGGUAUUUGACCACAACUGCUUGAGGAUCAUCUUUCGAGUGAAGUUAACCGACUUCGUCUCAAAUGAGAUAGUCCGCGCUCGCUGCGACAACAUCGCGAGGAUAACUCAGGCCAUCCAAGAAAGACGACUGAGGUGGUUCGGGCAUGUUCUUCGUCGUCCACCUCAGGAGCUCAGUGUUACUGCCCUCGAUCCGGCACCAUUGCCCCAUUGGAGGCGUCGAAGUAGAGCUCAGUUCAAAACCUGGCUCGACACUGUCCGUCAAGACAUGGAGGUGGUUCUUGGACCUUCGGUAUUCGGUCUCCGUCGUUGGCGAAUGGAAUGGGUUGAACUGUCUAGAUCUGCGGCCGCGGAUCGUCACGCGUGGAGAGGUACAAUUCGGGACAUCAUCGAGGCCGGCUAGAUCAGGCAUGAUCGCAGCCGUAUCAAGUACAAGUACAAGUAUAGCUGCGCAUGUCCGCGCGCAUAUUUCCCGGAAGCGUGGAGGUAAUAAGAAUGGAUUCGAUGUAACCUAAGGUGUUUGUAGGCAUAGCAUCCUCAGUGUGUCUGCGGUUAUUUUUCGGUCUCUCCAACGUAGAUCGCCCCACAGGAGCUGCACUGGACACGGUGGACGACAUUCGCCGUUUCGUCUUGUGAUAGAGGCACCGUGGAUCUCAUGAGUGGACAUCUUAUUGUCACCCCAAGCCUGUGGACGACGCCGAUCCCCAGUAUUUGUAAGAGACGUGCGACUGCUUCAGAUACGUUCUCGAAAUACGGCCGUGCCCGCCGCAAUUUGGUAACUGUUUCCUUGGUCUUAUAGAUUGUUUCGGCUAUCUGCUGCGGUCUAUGAAGCUGCGAGGGUAACCGUUGAAGGUAAACAUCUGCCGAAGGUAAUGGAGUUUGGCUGCUAUGUCGUCUGCCUCGCUGCAAUGAGUUUCAGACGUCUUGUAAAGAGUUCGCACCCAAUUACGCUUUUGGCACAAUGGGUGCUUACUGUGACAACUACGGCUUUGAAGUGGCCUCUCGAUGUACUGGCGUCUUUAGGCUCCCAUCGGUCUUAUAGUGGAUCAGGACGUCUAGGAAUGCUAUUUGCUUGUCGACCUUCGCCCCUAUUGUGACCUGAAUGUCCGGAAAAACGAAGUUCAGGAUCACGUGAAAUUCGGAGACCAUUUUCCACUUGAGGGUGACGAAGAUAUCGUUCAUAUACCGCAACCAAAAUAUCGGUAUCUGGGUCGCGAAUACCAGUGUCUCUAACUUUUAGAGGACCGCCUCAUCAAUAAAACCAGAGAGUGACGAACAAAUCGGGGCCCCUCGGAUUUGCUGUUGGACCGUUCUCUCAGGGAUGAAAUAGGUUUUGAGACAGAAAUCGAACAGCUGGAUUAGGUGACCUUGUUCAGCCAUACCUUGUUCCUCGCCAUAUUGACUCUCAAAGAGAUCGCCGACAGCUUCAACUGCAAAGCUCUGAGGAAUUGGGGUGAAAUCGGGGUUACAUCAUUUGAUACCAUGACGUCAUCUGUGCUAAGGUGAAGACCCUGGAGUCUUUCCAAAAUGUACGGUUGAGCGGAGCGUUGCAUAUGAGCCUCAUGUGAGACAGUUCAAAAGUCGGAACAGCCAUUUGGACGGUUGAAUUUUGGUACUCCGCGCUAAGGUACGAUACGUCGAAGUGGAGCACCGUAGCUGUGCACUUUAGGUAAUCCAUGGAAACUCAUCAUGGCCAAAUCUGUUGGUUUAACGUUCAGUUGUUCCGCUUCUAUGAGGCGCCGUACAAAACUUACCUCCAACGAUAAAAACUUUUUACCUUUAAAACUUCAGGAUAUUAAAGUUAUGUUUCUCACGAUUGCCUGCUGGCUUCUCAAAGCAAGCAAGCUCCGUAUGGGUGGCAAAGGGUACGGACGGGCAGUCGGGCUAAGUCCCGUCUGCGAACAAUCUGCGCCGUGUAGGUGCGCAUGUUCGUGUUUCUAGUAUCAGCUGCUGACCAGGUUAUAAUUGGUUGAAUGAGGGCAGAAGAAGCCCGAAACAGUAAUGUAUCAAGCUACCCGCACUCUCUGUCGUCCGUUCCCUCCGCUAGUAUAACUUGGUCGACUUCACUCUGGUACUUGUCUGCUUGUUUGUGACCCCUGCCACCCAUACGCAGCUUGCUUGCUUUGGGAAACCAAUAGCGCUGCGUGUGCUUAUUCCUGCUCACAGGUCCGCUUUACGUAAAUGGGCUCCGCUGCGAUUACCAUUCUGGCCCGCGUGUUAUUGUUCGUUGAACCUUUCAUUAUCAUUUGCUCGUUUUCAUUGGGACGGUCUCUGUGGUUGAUAACGUUGAGCCCCAUGGCAAACAGUAUGUGCCUGAAAGCAAGCCGCAGAUGGACGAACGUCAUUCCCAGCUGAGCUGGGGGCUAAAGCCUUCGAUGUAUUUUUACAGGAGGAAGCCGAAGUUGAGGAGGAGCACCAGGAGGAGGAACACAAGGAACAACCCCAAGAGGGCGAGGCUGAGGAAGGAAGGGCACCGGACGAAGAAGCCGAACGAAACACAGACGCUGAACCGGAGGAGGGCGAGGGGGAGGAGGCAAGUCUUGUUCAGCCAGCCCAUUGUUUUUUAUUCUUUUCUCAUCAUACUGUUUCCAUUCGUUGCAUUUUUUCAGUAUUCGCCAGCCUUUGAAAACUCAUUGUAGAUUCUUUUUUCAGAUUAGAUAUCGCAUCUUUGGGGGGGGGGGUGGUUGUUCGACCUCCUUCGUCACCUUUGGACAUUUAUGGAACUAUAGAUUUUUCUUGGUCUCUACCGCCGUGCCGGAUGACCUAGUAUAUCCUGAAAAUAAUAUUCACUUAAUAAAUAUUAAUCUCGGAGCCAGCUUUGGACACUAGUGGUGAAAGACCGUGCUGGGACCGGGACGGCGAAACUCUGCUUUGUCUCUCCCCGGCGUAACGACGUCAACCUGUAGUUUGUGAUCUGCACGUUUAUUUUUACAAGACUUUCGUUGCGGGCCGUUCUUCUGGUUAGAAACGUCAUCUUUAAAAAAACCGUCUUAUUUGGGUUCAAGCAGACAGUCCCGCUCUCCGUCUCUGAAUUACUUCACUGCAGAUGUAGGGUGAAAAACUACCCCUGGAGUAAGUUGCUAUGGCCUUGUCAUUGCUUUCCUUCACUACAGUAGCAAUGGAAAUGAACCUAGUUGAACGAGGAAUAGAAAGGUCUAAAUUCUUCCAAGUCAGCAGCAAGAGAAGUUCGUUGAUUGCACACUCUAGUGAGGCUUUAUUAUAACCCACCCGUUCUUCGGCUCUGAAGAGUCGCCUUAUGAAACAGUUCUGGUAUAGUUUAAAAUCACGCUCUGCGUUUUAUAACACAUGACAUAAUACAGAGCUCUGUUUUCGGAAACAAAAAACACCGCGGCACAUUUGGAAAUAUAGUUUGCAUUACUUAUUGGGACUGUUGCGUUCUCUUUGGAAGCUGAGUGGCAGUCCUGGACUGUUGGUUUACAAUCUAUGCUACUAAAACUCAGACAGUGACAAUUUUUGACUUUUAAACCUCUUAGAUUAGUAACCGUUUAUGAAUUUGCCUGAUAGAAAACGUUAUUGAAAACUAUACAGCAAGACCCCUAUCUACACAAACCUUAAUAGCGGUUCAGCUUAGUUCGGGGUUCACACGUUUAGCUGACACUAGAAGCAUGCAUCCCAGCUUAGUCUACUUGUUACGUAUGGAAGGCGACAGUCUCAUAAACGGCUCUUUCUGAUCAAUGAUUGCCUGGCUUUUAUUAAUUCCUCGACGAGCUUGCAUUUUACCGAGUUUCAGCAGUUUCUCUCACUGAUUUUAUACAUUCAUCAAUGUGGUCGCUUGCGAGGGGUUUAGAUAAGAUCUUCUAGACUAAACGGAACACCUACAGGUCAGUUUUUAAGCCAUUCUUACAUGAAUUUGAGUAUCCAGGUUGAAAACAAUGAGACUUAACCCCUGGUUCAACUAGUAGGAUAUUAUAUCCAGUAGCAAGCUGGACUUUAUUUGAAAUCACCCGUGCUCUCAGCGCGAAGCUGGGAAUUGGCUGUCUGACGACGGAAAAUAUAACUAAAUCAGAAGAAGAAGAAGAAGAAGAAAAAAAAGAUGCGAUCAUUGGCACAAGAAGUUUAUUGACCUGACGCUUCGGAUUCUCACUCGAACCUGUCAUCAGAGACGGUUGCAGACAUUUAUCUGCAACCUUUCUUUGGUGAUGGAUUCGAGUGAGAAUCCGAAACGUCAGUCAAUAAACUCCUUGUUCCAGUGGUCGCAUCUUCUUAUUCUGAAUUACUUCCUGUAACUCAUCUGCCCGCUCCUAUCAGCAAUCUCUUUGUGCGCGAUGCGCUCCGAUCGGCUUGAUAGUGGGAAGCAGUUGCCCUUCGUAAAUCGUCUAAAUGUAACUAAAUUAACCGGUUAGACCAUACUUUUGCUGGAACCCUUCGAAUCUACUGGUCUUCGGUUUACGUAUUUUUUGAACUCUCGGGUCGGUUCGAGACGUUGUCUAUGACAAAGUAUUUUCCAUUGAGACUGAAACGCCCUUUUAACUUUUUCAACUACUCUAGUCUUUGUGUCCAGAUCCAGCUUAUAAAGAUCCCGAUAACUCCUCCAAUUAAAAAUAGCUCACUUUAGAAGGCAGAGCAACCCGGUUUAACUUACAUUAUGGGUGUAUGAAGACGCCUAGCAAUGUGUAUUGCCCCCAUUUUCGGCAACUUCUAUGCUUCUAUUUUCGUUUGAUUUGGCGCCCGUUACUUUGUUCAGUUCACAUAAUUUUGAAUACAAUUUGCUUUUUAAGAUUUUUACAUUCACUGGAGGUGAAGUCCUGAUGUCUUAUUUUUAGCCAUCAAGUCCAUACGCGUCUCUCUUACUUUGUCAUCUAACACUUUUUUUCGUUCAAAGGAUGGGGAAUGA